UCCGUCUGAUGUGAUGUUCACCCCGCAACAGCUCGCCAGUGCGGUGGCACGUCGGUGUAGUUCAGUUCAGCCUGACAUAUCGGUAUGAUCCUCCAAUAAAAGUCUAACUUUAACAAACUAUUAAGAAUAUUGCGUUUGGAUGCUCUUAAAAUACCCAGUUAGUUUUAAACUUGUGAGGCUGUCACUUGGUAGUUAGAGGGAGACCGAGGGUCGUGAUUUACCGUAAAUUUCGUGACGCCUGAUUGCCAUGGAAACAGUGCUGCUGCGCUGAGAGGAAACUGUUAACUUCAGCAUCAACCUCCAGCGGGGUCGGAUAAACGUAGCUCACUGUUUAUCUCUGUUCUUGUGUUGCUGCUCUGGCUUUACUUUUUCAUUUGGAUUUGGCAACAAACCAGGUGAGGAUAAUGGAGCUUCAAUCAGAGAAGAGGUUCCACAACUUGACCCUCGAACAAGUCCAGGCCCUGGACAAGGUCUUGACAGAGGUAAUACCGAUCCAUGGAAGAGGAAACUUUCCUACAUUGCAAGUGAGAGCAAAAGACAUCAUUCAUGCAGUGAAGGAUCGGCUGGUUGAACGAGACAUCCAGGUGAAAGAUAUCCGGCUUAAUGGUGCCACUGCCAGCCAUGUCCUGGUGAGGGAUAACGGCCUGGGCAAUAGAGACGUAGACAUUAUUUUUGGAGUGGAGCUGCCGAGGCAGGAGGACUUCCAGGUGAUUAAAGAGGUGGUGCUGGGAAGCCUACGAGACCUCCUCCCUUGUGGUGUCAACAGACGAAAGAUCACCUGCCUGACAAUGAAGGAAGCCUAUGUGCAAAAGAUGGUGAAAGUUUUCAAUGAGCACGACAAAUGGAGCCUUAUUUCUCUGUCUAACAACAGAGCUAAAACCUUAGGGCUCAGAUUUGUCAGUUCCCUUCGAAGACAGUUUGAGUUCAGCGUGGAUUCUUUUCAAAUAAUAUUAGAUCGUAUGCUGGAGUUGUACUGGGAGACUGAGAGGAAACAAGGAGGAAAUCUGACAUUGAAAUUGUCUAAAAGAGACAAUAUGGAUGAAAACAAAGAAGAACAAUCACAUGUAUCUCAGGAUGUUAAAGAAAAUACUGAAAAAGAUUCAGGAAUGGCAGCAAGUUCAGAAAGCCUGUGUAAGGAUGAAGCUGUUUCUGUCCUUGAAAAAGAGCUUCCACAUGCAGAGACUGAGAAUGGGGAUGAAAAGCAUGAGGCGCAGCACGUGUUAGAACCUGAGCGCAUUAACGUAAAGCAGGAGGAAGGUGAAGCGGAUGGCAUAGAGGAUGUUCAUUCAGAGGAGGACAUUGUAUUUGAGCUAUGUGAUGAAAACGGAGAGGAGAAAAGACAGUGUCACAGUGACUAUCCCUUAGUUUCAACUCCUAAAACUUUAUUCACAGAAGCAAGGGAUCCGCUGGAUCCGCUGAUGACACAUGUGUGUUUAAAGCUACAGAGUAAUGACACAGAGCUAUCUGUGUCACAUGCUUCCCAGCAAGCAUCUGUAACUCAUACAGAAACGCCAGCUCCACUGGAAAUAGUCCAGUGUGAAGAAAUUCCUCAGUUCAAAGCAGACUCGAUAAUCCGCAGGACUGAAAAUACCUCAAGCUUCCAAGAGUCACAUCUUGAAUUCUCCUUCCCUCCUCCAGCUAAGAAAACUUGCAGCACAUCACAGGACAUUGUACCGGACUAUUGCCCCUCACCAAAAUUACAAAGAAAAAUGUCACGGAAGUUGAUCAGCAACCCUGAAAAAUGGUCUUUACUCACUGAUUUGUCAGAUCUUACAACUGAGCUGUUUGCACCCAUAGAAAUACCAAAACCACUUCAGGCAAAGCCUUUACUGGAUAGCACUCAAGUUCAGUGUUCAGAUGUACCCAGCUCCGAGUCGGAGAGCUUUGAGGGUACAGAUACUCACACACUUCCCAUGUGCAGUUCAUCCAGUGUGCUUCAGGGUGUAAUUGGCUCAACUGAAACUGUAGGACAGGUUGUUAAACCAAAACACUCAAAGAAACCUCCUCAUUCAGAGACUCAGAGUCACACACGUGCAACAAAUUCAGCCUCACAGCCUCAGGCUGAUGAGCAAAACCCUGAGCUGGCAAACACUGUCUCGAAAAGCUGUGGAGCAAGCGCCUGGGUCAGAGCAGCAGGGGAGGCCACCAUCACUGUCGAAGCAGAGUGCAUGUUUGGAGACUUUGAGCAGGCGAUAGACCACCUUCGCCAUCGUCUCAUAGCCACCCACAGCCCAGAGGAGAUCCGAGGAGGGGGCCUGUUAAAAUACAGCGACCUGCUGGUGAAGAACUUUAGGCCAACCAGCGAGACAGAGAUCAAGUCCCUGGAGCGAUACAUGUGCUCCCGCUUCUUCAUCGACUUUCCUGAUGUAAGUGAGCAGCAGCGGAAGAUCGAGGCUUACCUACACUGCCAUUUUAUUGGCAGUGAAGAGGCGAGCAAGUACGACUACCUGAUGACCCUGCGGCGCGUGAUAGAUGAAAGCACAGUGUGUUUGAUGGGACAUGAGAGGAGACAGACACUCAAUAUGAUCACAGUCCUGGCUCUGAGAGUGCUGGGCGAGCAGAAUGCCAUCCCCAACACGGCCAAUGUCACCUGCUUCUAUCAGCCUGCGCCGUAUGUGACAGAGCCCAUUUUCAGCAGUUACUUCAUCACCCAGGCCCAGGCCCCACUCAUCUACCACCCCUACCCUUUACAUCUCCACAUGCAGACUGGCCUGGUGUAGCUACUGUGACAUGCCCACAGAGUGGCAUGUAGGCUGCUUUCAUCACAGUGCUCUGCAAGCAGAGGCACAAAUGGCAGUUUUAACAACAACAAGCAACUACGGGCACAGUGUUGUUUAAUGCUUUGUAACCCCCCUGUUUAUGACAUGAAAGAUCAUGAAAGGUUAGAACUGAAAGGGGUCUGGAGGCAAAGAAUGUGACCCAUUCAAGUUGAGGACUUUUGAAAAGGAAAGAAAUGCUAAGAGCCGGCUUUUCAGAGAUCUCCCAGAGGGAGUUUCACUGAAGCGGAAGGACGUUGUUUAAAGCUGUUUCAGAUCUGUUUUGGCAGGGCUCUGUUCUCCUGUUGAGAAGAAUGUUCUAAUGUGAUAAUUCUCUGUGGCUAUGAGCUAAACUUACAUAAAGCAUAAUCUCUGACAAAAAAAUAGUGAUAAAGUUUGAAUAAUACAUUCUUAAUGUUUCCAAGGGGUUAAAAGCCCAUAUAGCUAUUUUGUGAAUCAUCAUUCUCUGUAGAGUAAAAUUCAGCAUGUGGCUGUACCUGUAUAUUUACUGUAUAGAAAUAGGACCCCAUUUACUGAAGAUGUAAAUGACAUAAAUGAGCAAAAUUUGCUGUGAUGUUCUGUAAUUGUGAAUGUAAGCAUCUUAUUUGAAAGGCAGGAAGUUGAGUUCCAUUAGGGGCAGUAUGA